AUGAUGGUGGAGAUGGAGAUUAAUACAAUACGACAUAAUUUAUCAUUGAAUAAAUGUUUCAAAAAAGUACCACGUUCAGAUGCAGAAUUAGGAAGUGGGGGUAGUGGCGCAUCAACCACUACUGCAAGUAAAGGUAAAGGUGGAUAUUGGACAAUUGACCCUGAUUAUAUGACUGGGUAUCAUGAUGGUGUAUUCACAAGAGGUGGUGUACAAAAACGUAGACCGGGCGAAUUAGUCACUGUUACAACAACGACAACGCCGUCAAACCAUAGCGGAUUAAUAUCAUCAUCUCCAUCAUCUCCGUCAUCUCCAUCAACCCCAUCCACUAUAACAACAAUAACUACUACUUCCACCAGUGGUACUGCGGCGGAGGAGGAAGCGACGAUGUCACUAUCACCAUCGCCGCCGCCAGAAAGAAGUACUUCUAGUAUUACUAGUAGUCCUAUUAAACACGAAUAUAACAAUAAUACCAAAAGUGAUAAUUCUUCAUUAAGUAUCGUUAUAAAUUCACAACAACAACAAAAACAUAUGGAAGGAUGUGGUGAUGAAUUAUCGCCAUCAACAUCAAUUCAUGCCUCAUCAUCGCCUACUUCAAUGAAGAUCAGCGAUUUAUUGAAUUAA